AUGUCGUCUCCCUCGACUACCCCCAUCCGCUUUGAGCCUCAACCAGUGCAAGACCAACGCGUCACUGUAUUUGAUUCGAGUGUCGCUUCAGAACCAUUUCUCGAUUCUGUGGCGUUGGAAAAUCUCAGGAAGCGACAACAGGCAGAAGCAACUAAGGCAUUGAGCACGAAAUAA